UGCCUAGUCUUUAAUAGCGAAGCUGUUCAAUUUGGAUAAGUAAUAUCGACAGCUUUUUAUCUCACUCAACUCUUGCCUCUGUACCACGAUGAUGCGAACUUCUUCUAUUCGUAGUCAAGAUGACCCCUUGUCUCUUGCUAUACGGCCUCCUCCAGAAGAAUCAGACUCAGAUCGCCAUAUUCGGCUCCAACACGAGGCUGACGCGCGUCGAAUUUCAGAACAAAUAGACGAGGAACUUAGGUUUGAGAGGGAAAAAUUGAAAAAGUCCAAAAGUGAUGUCAAGCUACUUCUCCUCGGCCAGGCUGAAUCUGGCAAAUCAACACUGCAAAAGCAGUUCCAGCUCAUGUACAGCCCUGCUUCUCUUGAAAGCGAGCGCAUGUCAUGGAGAACUGUCGUAUAUUUCAAUGUCGUGCGAUCCAUUAAAAAGAUCCUUACAACCCUAGAAGCUUGGGACGACAUCGAUGAUGGGAGUGACUCUCAGAGCACUCUUGAGCGUCAGGAACUCGGUGAUUAUCUUCCCCCGCGAGCUUCAAGUUCGGCAACACCCAGUAUACACAGUUCACAAAUCGGUGUUGCCCUUUCGCCGCCGUCACCUACGUCACCCACUAGUCCAACUGCAUCUAGUCCCAUUCGGGGAUCUACUGCGAUAUCGGAUCUCCGGCGACGCCUUUUACCACUCACAAAUACCGAGCCUCAGCUUGCUGAUCGCUUGAGUGGGGGUGUUUCUGUGUCGGGGUCUGGCAAAGGCGAAGUUUACGUUCGAAGCGGAUGGCAGGCGAGGACCAUCCAAAAAGGUCAGAAGCUACUCCGCAGGCAACAAAAGCCCGGUUCACCUGAGGAUGAACUGACAAUUGAGCGUCCCGGAACAGCUCUGUCAGUUAUUGAUGCUGACCCUCUUGUGGAUGAUGUCGCGAGAAUGUUGGAACAGUCGAGAGAAGAUAUCCGAACCUUGUGGGAGAAUCAGGUUGUCCGUGCCUUGAUGACAAGCCGAAAAUUAAAACUAGAUGAGUGGUCAGAGUUUUUCUUGAAUGACAUCUCACGUAUCUCUGCACGGAAUUAUGUACCGUCCACUGACGAUAUUCUCCAUGCACGUAUCCAAACUAUGGGUGUCGCUGAGCAUAUUUUCGACGUUGACAUUCACGGCAAGACUGUGACGUGGCAUCUCUUUGACGUUGGUGGCGCCAGGGGACAGCGUCAUUCAUGGGUGCCGUAUUUCGACGACGCGAACGCCAUCAUUUUUGUCAGCCCAAUCAGUGCUUUCGAUCAGUACCUUGAGGAAGACCCCCGCACCAAUCGUAUUGACGACUCACUUCAACUCUUUACACAAAUUUGCUCCAAUCAGCUCCUCAAGAAGGUCCAUCUAGUCUUAUUCUUGACUGGUCUUAGCAUUCUCUCGUAUGGCGACCGUCCAAACGAGUACGAGUCGGUUGUACAGUACUUCCGCGCCCACUUUCUCCAAGUCCACAGACGGAAUAACGAAAACAGACGUGUGCUGUACACACACUUAACCAACGUCGUCGUACCGUUUCGGCAACUUAUCCACUAUGCAGUACGAGACUCGAUUUUCCGAGGAUACUUGCAAUCUGCUGCGCUUGUCUGAGUUUUGCGAUGGUAUGUUUGAUACCCGGUGCAUCAUGAUACUGCGAACUUUUCCACGACCUGCUAUGCUUUCUUGUCGAACUGCUAUUUCACACACGAGUUUGUUUCCGUUGUCUCACGUACAUUAUUCUUCACUUUUAUACUAUUUGUGUUUUGUGUUGCACUUUCAUCGUUUCUGUAACAUUCAGAGUGUAUUCCUGUGGCCUUGUGACGAGUCUGCUAUCAUUGUUCUUGCUGCUCCUCACUGUUCCAUCCCAUCAGGUAAUAUACCCCGACCUCCUCCAUUCAUGACACCAUGAUUAGCUAAUAUCUGCUCAAUUAUGAUCCAUGGAUGACGUAAUUCCACGGGAGCAUAUGGUGAAACGGUAAGGCCUAAGGGCCAUUGGAUCUGCCUGAG